UGUCUCUCUCAGUCACACAGCAGAGGAGGGGGAGGUAUACACACUGCACACCACACACACUCUCUCUCUCUCACACACACUCUCUCACACACAAGCUGGCUCACGCAGCCACAUUUUCUCAGGCUGCUCCUGCAGACUGACAGCAGAAGACGUAGGAGGAGAGAACAGAAAGAGAGUGAGAAAAGGAAACAAGGGAAAUAUCAACCGAGCCAGAAGAGGAGAGUCAAGCAGCACUUAUCCUUUUUCUUCAUCCACUCAGCAUUAAAUUAAAACACAGGGAAUAUAGAACUCUUUGUUAAUCUGUAACUGAACAGGGGCUGCUCUGCUCUGUUCUGCUGAGAGGGACCCGCUCUGCUGAGGAACCUGCUCUGCUGAGGAACCUGCUCUGCUGAGGAACCUGCUCUGCUGAGGGACCUGCUCUGCUGAGGAACCUGCUCAUUCUCCAGGACUAUGGCACCACAUCUGAGACAUGGAAUCUCGGUCUCUCUUUCACAGCACCGGUGUCUCCUCCUCCAUUCUCUCUUUCUCUCCGUCUAUUUCCUGACUGUUGCAGGGUUCAACCUGGAUACUAGCAUGACUCUGACCAAGGAGGGGGAGACCGGCAGCUUUUUUGGAUUCUCUUUAGCGCUUCACCAGCAACUCACACCAGAACCACACAGUUGGAUCCUGGUGGGGGCGCCGCGGGCCAGAGGACUGGGCAUGAUGCAGAGGAAGCGCCCUGGCGCUCUGUACCGCUGUCCAAUCACAGGCGAGGAGUUUGACUGCGAGCGCGUGGACAUCGAUGGAGACGUAAACCUAGACUGGGAAAGCAAGGACAACCAGUGGCUAGGAGUAACAGUCAAGAGCCAGGGGAUUGGAGGAAAGGUGGUGACGUGUGCCCAUCUGUACGAGCUGCGUCAGCGCGUGGGCCUGCCGUCGGAGACGCGGGACCCCAUCGGGCGUUGCUACGUGCUCAGUGAGGACCUGACCGAGAGGGAUGACCUAGAUGGAGGGGAGUGGAAGUUCUGUGAGGGGCGACCCCAGGGACACGAACAGUUUGGCUUCUGUCAGCAGGGUCUGUCUGCCGCCUUCACACCCGACAACCAAUUUAUCAUGUUCGGAGCUCCUGGAACGUACAACUGGAAAGGAGAGAUGCGCGUCCAGCUACUAAACCAGACUUUACUGGAUCUGGGUUUCUAUGACGACGGGCCCUAUGAAGUGGCGGAUGAGAAACAGCUGAAUGCUCAGCUGAUCCCUGUUCCCUACCAUAGUUACCUGGGCUUCUCAGUGGACUCUGCUCAAGGCAUAAUGAGUCGUGGUGAGCUGACCUUCGUGGCGGGGGCUCCGAGAGCCAAUCACACGGGAGCGGUGGUGCUGUUGCGUAAAGAUAACAUGUACCGCCUGGUGCCACAGCACAUCCUGUGGGGAGAGGAGCUGGCUUCUUCCUUCGGGUACUCUGUGGCUACGGCUGAUCUCAACAGUGACGGCUGGACAGACCUGAUAGUGGGAGCUCCUAACUACUUUGACCGAAAAGCAGAGAUUGGAGGUGCUGUGUACAUCUUUCUCAACCCAUUCGGUAACUGGGAAUAUGCUCAGCCAAUCAGGCUCAAUGGAACCUAUGACUCCAUGUUUGGAUUGACCGUCAACAACGUGGGAGACUUGGACAGGGACGGAUAUGACGACAUCGCUGUCGGGGCUCCGUUCGAUGGGGAUGGCAAAGUGUUCAUCUACCGAGGCUUGUCCUCAGGCAUCGACACCAAGCCUGCACAGAUCCUGGAUGGAGUGGACGAGGGGGUGAAGAGGUUCGGCUACUCCAUCUCAGGAGGUCUGGACAUCGAUGGGAACCUGUACCCUGACCUGGCAGUAGGCUCUCUCGGUGAUAAGCUAGUUCUGUACAGGUCUCGCCCCGUCAUUCACGUGACCCGGGAUGUAUCCAUCGAACCUCAGCAGUAUAUUGACUUGGAGCAACACAACUGCAAGGGGAGAGAUGGAGUUUGUGUGGAGGUCAAAGCCUGCUUCACCUAUACUGCUUACCCAGAGACCUACUCACCAGACAUCACCCUGGUCCUACUCAUCGAGGCUGACACAGAGCGCAGGAAGCUCGGCCUGCCCCACCGUAUUAGCUUCCUGGGUCGCAGUGCACAGGUGGCGGAGUAUACACACACUGACGAGGUGGAGCUGAAAGGUCAACGCCAUCCCGCCUGCCAGAGCGCCACCUUCCAACUAAACGAGAAUAUCCGUGAUAAGCUGCGUCCCAUCUCUCUGGCCAUCACCCACACCAUCAGACCCCCCAUGUUCUCCUCAGAAACUAACCCAGAGGAACGAGACACGCUACCUCCUGUACUGAGUGUUUCCACCUCCAACACCCUACACUCUGAGGUGAAUUUCCUGAGGGAAGGCUGUGGCGAUGAUAAGAUCUGUCAGAGCAACCUGAAGUUGACCUACCAGUUUGGAACCCGACCUCCCACCUCUGACCUCUUCACCCCUCUGCCAAGGGAUGAUGAAGAGGUGGCGGUGUUUUCUCUGUCUGACCAGAGAUCUGUGGUGUUGGAGGUGACCGUCACCAACAUGCCCUCAGAUCCUUUGUCCCCAGAGGAGGAUGGAGAUGAUGCCCAUGCUGCCCAGCUACUGGUGACCCUGCCAGAUACCCUGUCCUACUCUGGCUUCAGGGGACAACAGGUGGUGUGCCAGGCCAAUCAGAACGGGUCUCAGGCGGAGUGCGAGCUGGGAAACCCCCUGAAGAGAGAUGCUAUACUGAAAUUCUACAUCAUCCUCAGCACGUCUGCUAUCACCAUAGAGACCACGGAACUCACUGUCAACCUCCUGUUGGCUACCAUCAGUGAACAGCGAGACCUGGCCACAGUCACAGCCGUGGCUAAAAUCAUCAUAGAGCUCCCCCUGGCGGUCAGUGUGCUGGCCAGACCACACCAGCUGUUCUUCAGUGGGGCCGUAAAGGGGGAGAGUGCCAUGGAGACCCUGGACGAUGUGGGGAGUGCUGUGGAGUUUGAGUUUACGGUGACCAACACCGGGCCAUCCCUGCAGACUCUAGGCUCCGCCUUCCUCAACAUCAUGUGGCCUCACGAGCUGUCCAAUGGGAAGUGGCUCCUGUACCCCACUGCUCUCCACUUCCAUGGCCAUCCAGAAACACCCUGUACCCCCCACACCUCCCUCAACCCACGCAAGUUCUCCCACAGUUCUCCUUCUGACGACCAGCCACAGGCAGCAGGCCUGAAGGCCAGGAGGAAGGGGCGUUCCAACCCAGAAGAGGAGGGACAUGUGAUGACCAAGGGCAGUCUGGGUAGGACUACGCCUGCUGUGGCUGCCUCAGAGAGACGCAAGUCACUCAAACUGGACUGUCUGCUGGGUUCAGCGCGCUGUGUGCUGUUCCAGUGUCCUCUCCACAGCUUCUCUGACUCUGCUGUCCUCAAGAUCCAGGGACGCCUUUGGAACAGCACCUUUCUGGAGGAGUUCCCAUCAGUCAGUGCUCUGGAGCUGCUGGUUAGAGCCAACAUCACAGUCAAGUCCAGCAUCAAACACCUGGUGCUGAGGGAUGCUGCUGCACAGAUCCCAGUGAUGAUUUACCCAGAGGUUGGUCUGACUGCCCAGUACUGGAUCCCCUGGUGGUGGAUUCUCAUAGCCAUCCUGGCUGGUAUCCUGGUGUUGUCUCUGCUGGUCUGCAUCCUCUGGAAGUGUGGUUUCUUCCGUCGGGUCCAGUAUGAAGACAAAGUUCCUCAGUACCAUGCAGUGAAGAUCCCCCGUCAAGACCGGCCCCAGUUCCAGCAGAAGGCAGGGAUCCUCCAGAAGAAGGAGUGGGCCACACACUGGAGUGACGGAAGCUCCUGAACAGCAUCAACAAACAAGGACUAGAGUAGCAGCAAACACCCAUUCAACCCUAUGGCACUCACUAACUCUGCAGUGGAACAAAUGUGUGCAGACUGACCGUGUCACAACACUGUUGUGCACAUUGAGGCUAUGUCCCGAUUCAUCACCCUUCUUCUGAAGUGUGCACACUUCCCAUCAUGGAUUUAUCAAUGGUGAAAACUUGCUCAAGCCAAUGCUAUUCUACUGUAUUGUACUGUAUUGUACUAUAGUCUACUGUAUUCUACUGUAUUCUACUGUAUUCUACUGUAUUGUACUUUUAGAAUGACUGGAUCAAUAUUCUGAACUGCUACUGCUGACUGACUAUCUGACUGACUGACUAUCUGACUGACUGACUAUCUGACUGACUGACUAUCUGA